UCUCUCCUCCCCCCUGCUACGACAGCAUGCUGUAGAGCGGCAGAGAACAUGGCUCAGAGCUUUUGAAAAGAGGGAACUUUAAAGCUGGUGAAUUUGGGUGUCGUAUAUAGGAGGGGCGCGGGCUUGCGUGCCUACUGCUAUGUCAGGUGCAUAUGAGAGACACGGAAGCAGAGGACGCAUGAUCCAAGUGUAUGCGGAAGAGAAAGGGGGGAGCGGGGAAAAAACGGAAUUCGCACACUUACGGGCUGAUGUAAGCCGGCCAUACAAUACUCUGAUCACAAUGGAGUGAGAGGUUUCCUAAGAGGAGUAGGUGAUAGCAGCUGUUACCUAACUGACUCUUUCAUAAGAAGACUACAACCAAUCUCUGGCUGUGCCCUUUCCAUCGCCAUGUCUCUAUUAACCCACGUGCUGGCCUGCCUGUUUGGCAUGGGCUCCUGGGUGGCCAUCAACGGAAUGUGGGUUGAACUACCCCUAAUUGUCCCUGAACUCCCAGAGGAAUGGUACCUGCCCUCCUAUCUCACCGUGCUCAUCCAGAUGGCCAACGUGGGUCCCCUGUUCGUCACCCUCAUGCACCGCUUCCGCCCAGGUUUGCUGGACGAGCGGCCAGUCAUCUACGCCAUCGUGAGUCUGGGGGUCGUGGCCACGUUCCUUUUGGCCUUAUUCUGGAAUCACACCGUGCCCCUCGGGGGCACUAUGCACAGCGUGGCCCUCCUGGUCCUCUGCUUCCUGUUGUCAGUGGUGGACUGCACAUCGUCUGUGACUUUCCUGCCCUUUAUGAUGCGUCUUGGGCCUCAGUACCUCACUACGUACUUCGCCGGCGAGGGUCUUAGCGGCCUCGUGCCCGGUGUGGUGGCUCUCGUUCAGGGUGUGGGCUUAGUGCACUGUCAGAACAUUUCGGUGGCGAACCCUGGUAACGGGACCUCGGACGAGGGCACCGAGCUCAAGGGUCAAUACCAGCCGGCCAACUUCUCGGCCCGGGUGUUCUUCCUCUUCCUCAGUGCCAUGAUGGCAGUGUGCCUGGGAGCCUUCCUCCUGCUCAACCACCAUCCGGCCAUAGCCAGGGAAAGGAAGCGCGAACACUACUUCGGCAGAGCCCUGGCAGACGAGAAGAGCGACCAGGCCCUGUCUCUGAGUCGCAGGGGUCCGGAGGAGAAGCCCAUGAUCAGCCCCCAGGACAGCCCCGCCCGGCAGAGCUCCUUCGGCACAGGCUUUUACAGUGUGCCGGAGGUGGUGUUCAUCUUUGGGGUGUUGGCCUGGGUCAACGCCCUGACCAACGGUGUGCUCCCCUCGGUCCAGUCCUACUCCUGCCUGCCCUACGGGAACUGGGCCUACCACCUGGCUGCUACGAUGGCAUCCGUGGCCAACCCCGUGGCCUGCUUCAUCGCCAUGUUUCUGCCCCUAAGGUCAUUGGUUCUGAUGGGUCUUCUGACAUUAGUUGGGACAGUAUUUGGGACUUACAUCAUGGCCAUGGCUGCGCUGAGCCCUUGUCCUCUACUGGUCCACAGCGCCUCAGGAACAGCACUUAUUGUCAUUGCCUGGAUCCUGUUUGUCCUGACCCUUUCUUAUGUGAAGGUGAUCAUUGGAGUGAUCCUUCGCGAUGAGGGCCACAGCGCCCUUGUGUGGUGUGGAGCAGUAGUGCAGCUAGGCUCCAUGCUUGGAGCACUGUCCAUGUUUCCCUUGGUCAGUGUUUAUAGACUGUUCCAGUCUGGGGAUCCCUGUAACACCAAAUGCCCAAAGUAGGAAUCAAGAUCUGGCCUACAAUUGAAAAUUACAAUAUAAAAAAAAAAAAAACCUAGUCAGAUGACUGGCACUGAAAAUAUGACUUCAU